CAGAAUGAGCAAUUUCUUUCCUCCAUAUUAUUGAAAGCGUCCCUCGGUAAAAGGCUAAAAGCGAACAAAGCCAUGAAGCUCAAAGUGAAAGUAGCAGCGGCAGUAGCAGUCCUCUCCAUCACCUCGGCUCUCUUUUUACCGGCUAAUCGCACCCUUUUUGCACCGCCUACUUUAGUCGGGUCCCAGGAUGAGCUCCACGCAGCAAAGAUUCUGCAAGUGACUGGUGCGGUGGGACCGGAAAGUCUCGUGUUCGAUGCUAAUGGAGAAGGGCCUUACACAGGCGUGGCCGACGGUCGGAUCCUCAAAUGGCAAGGGGAUGAUCGUGGUUGGGCUGAUUUUGCUUUCACCACGUCUGCAAGGAAGGAGUGUUUUCGUCCACUCGCACCUGAGCUGGAGCAUUUGUGCGGGAGACCUUUAGGACUACGGUUUGAGAAGAAAACUGGAAAUCUCUAUAUCGCUGAUGCCUACUUGGGUCUUCAAGUAGUAGGGCCUGGUGGUGGUCUGGCCACUCAAGUGGUCACAGAAGUUGAAGGGCAGCCCCUUCGCUUCACCAAUGAUAUGGAUAUUGAUGAGCACGAAGAUGUGAUUUAUUUCACAGAUUCAAGCACAAGUUUCCAGAGGAGGCAAUUCAUGUCAUCGAUCUUGAGUGGAGACAAGACAGGCAGGUUAUUCAAAUACGAUAAAUCAAGCAAAGUGGUAACGGUCUUACUUAAAGGCCUUGCUUUUGCCAAUGGUGUGUCAUUGAGCAUUGACAGGUCGUUUGUGCUAGUUGCUGAAACCACUACCUGUCGUAUCCUUAGGCUUUGGCUUCAAGGUCCUAAUGCUGGGAAUGUUGAUAUUUUCGCUGAGCUUCCUGGAUUCCCGGAUAAUGUAAGACGUAACUCAAGAGGGGAGUUCUGGGUUGCCUUGCAUGCUAAAAAAGGACAUUUGGCGAGGUGGAUUCUGUAUAAUUCAUGGGUUGGAAAAACACUCUUACAGCUUCCACUCAGCUUCAAGCAGCUGCACUCACUAUUGAUAGGAGGAAUGGCCCAUGCCACUGCUAUAAAAUUAAGUGAGGAAGGGAAAGUCUUGGAAGUUUUGGAAGACUGUGAGGGAAAGACUCUAAAGUUUAUUAGUGAAGUGGAAGAGAAGGAUGGGAAGCUGUGGAUUGGAUCGGUGUUGAUGCCUUUUGUAGGCAUUUAUAAUUUGCACUGAGUUUAGCAUAUUGAAUUUCUGUAUCUCGGUUUAGAAAGUGUGGAUAGCAUGGUUUUUGCUUUUCCUUUUUUGGGCCCCGACUCUAAACUUGCUCAGUUUCUUCGAUCUAGUUUAGAAUCUUGGCUCAUAUUGGAGAACUACAUAUGGAAGUUGCAAAUUUGUACCAUAUUGUGCCUUUUGAGUUUAAAGUGACAUUUGCAUCGAAGUUAUAAUAUGGAAAGUGAAAACACUUUUAUA